AUGUCUAUCAAGGACCUCCAUGGCAUUUCUCCUGAUAUCCUUCAAGAUCUCAUAUUUUACUUCAAAUAUGCAUCGUCGGCCUACACGCCCUUUUGUCCAAGACCGAACGGCCGUAACCUCGUAACGGAGAUAUCCAACUCUGUUUCAGAUAUCCAAGGCUUCAUUGCUCGCGACGGCGACAGGAAAGAGCUGGUGCUUGCUCUCCGUGGAAGCGCAUCCAUCAUUGACAUCCUGGUCGACUCAGCAAUCGUUCUCGUCCCGCUGAUCACACCUGGUGUCGAAGCUCCAAGCGGUGUGCGGGUGCAUAGCGGGUUCCUCGUCGGGUGGAACUCUAUCGUGGUACAAAUCAUAUCAGUGAUCAAGGAACAGUUGUUUCUAUACCCGGAUUUGAAGAAUAUAGUUACGACAGGCCACUCCCUCGGAGGAUCUCUGGCGACGCUAGCUGCCAUUUGUCUUCGAAGAAACUUUCCUUCUCUGAGGACACGGACAUAUUCUUAUGGCGCGCCUAGGACGGGAAAUAAGGAAUUUGCCGACUACUUCAAUAGCGAGUUUGGUAGAAACGCAUUCAGAGUCGUUCACGGAAAUGAUGGAGUUCCAACGAUGAUCCCGACUUCCCUCGGCUACCAUCAUCAUGGCGUAGAAUACUGGCAAACGGAAGAUCCUCCCGAAGGGAACUCGACCAAGCAAUGUUCAGCUGACGGUGAGGACCCUAGAUGCUCCGCAUCAGUGCCCAGUGAAGGCGUUAAUGCAGCGCAUAUGACCUAUUUCGGGAUUUUGGCGACCACACCGUUUUGUAUAUAA